AUGGGUUGUCUGUAACCUAAAAAGAGAAAUAGAAUUGUAGCCAUGUAAACCAUGAAUAAAGAUUAAGUUUUCACUUCAACUGCUGAUAUCCAUUAAUUAUACAACUUUGGAAAGGUACUGGGAGUUGGCUCAUUUGGAAAAGUAUUAUUAGCUAAAAUGAAACAGAACUCUGAAAAAUAAUAUGCUAUUAAAGUAAUAGAUAAAAGAAGAGUUAAAGGUAAAGAGGCAUUACUUGCUAAUGAAAUCUUUGUUUUACAAUAACUUGAUCAUCCUAAUAUCAUUAAAUUUUAUGAAGUUUAUUAGAGUCCUCUAUAUUUCUAUAUUUGUAUGGAUUAUUGUUAAGGAGGUGAACUUGUUGAGAGAAUAGCCAAAUAAUAAUCAACAUUAUCAGAAGGAUAAGUAUAAACUAUUAUGCACAAAGUAUUGAGUUUUUCAUUUAUAGAUUUGUUCAGCAAUUGUUUAUAUUCAUGAUCUAGGUUUAGUACAUCGUGAUAUAAAACCUGAGAAUAUCAUGUUUAGUGAAAAAGAUAUCUAUUCAGAACCUAAAUUGAUUGAUUUUGGAUUGGCAAAUAAGUAUGACACUACUCACAUAAAGUAUUUGAAUCAAGAAUUAUUCUAAGACGAUUGAAAACAUUUGUUGGAACUCCCUUAUAUUUACCACCUGAAGUAAUUGAUGGUGAAUAUGAUGAAAAAUGUGAUAUAUGGAGUUUAGGAGUUAUGCUAUUUAGUUUAUUAUGUGGUUAUCCACCUUUCUAUGGUAAAAAUAGAGCCUAAUUAUAUGAAAACAUUAAAUCACAAGCUGUAAUUAAAAUAAAUAUUAGUAGCUUGUAUUUGAUAGACGUCAUUGGAGAAAUAUCAGUGAAUAAGCUAAAGAUUUAAUUUAAAAAAUGUUAAUUAAAACACCUAAAAAAAGAUUAUCUGCCAGAGAAUGUCUUAAACAUACUUGGUUUGAAAUGCAAUUUUAAAAUGUUAAAGUUCAUAGAGAAAAGAGUUAAUAAUUAUUAACUUAGACAAAUGAAGAUAAUAGAACUAUUUAUUAAAUGCUUAAAAUGUUUAGAGGAGGAGCCAAAUUUAAAAAAGAAGUUACAAAAGUUUUAGUUAAUUAAAUGAAUGAGAAAGAAUUACAUCAUCUUAAGUAGGUAUUCCAAAAAAUAGAUAUUGAUAAUUCUGGUACUAUUACUAUUGAAGAAUUGAGAGAAGCACUAUAAUAAGAAGUAUUUAAAUUUAAUUAAAAUAGGGAUCUCCUGCUUCUUUGGAAGAAAUAGAAUAAAUUAUAUAAACUAUAGUAUUAGAAGAAGAUGAUGAAGAGAACAAUAAUCCAGAAAUAGACAAAGAACCUUCUCCACUAGUUAUCAAAUAUACAGACUUUUUAGCUGCCUGUAUAGAUGAAAGAAAAGUAUUAACCAGAGAAAAAGUAUUAUUUAUUUAUUUAUUUAUUUAGUUAUGGUCAUUAUUUAAGUAUUUUGAUACUUUAAAUGUCAAUUAUAUAACAAAAGAGGAUAUUAAAGAAGCUUUAGCUAGACAUGCAAGAUAGAUGUCAGAUGAGAAAAUUGAUUAGAUGAUUUAAGAAAUCGAUCCUAAUCAUGAUAAUAAAAUAAGUUUUGAUGAAUUCUUAUAAAUGAUGGGGGUUGCAGGCAUAGAAUAAACUAUGAAUAUUAGAGAUGAAGUGAAAGAAAUGGAAAUUUAAAGUUGA